AGAGCUUCAUGCCAUUCAUUUGCCAUCCACCGCAUCACCAGUAUCCCUAUUACGUGUUUAUUUAUUGAGGAAAGUAAACUUUUUAUUUAUCAGAAAAAUAUUCAACUCAGUGUCACGUGAGUUUUUUUUUAAAAGUUAAUUUUACAAAGAUAAAAAAAAAUAAACAUGGACCCAGAGAGCUUCAAAGAUUUCGCUAAAGAAAUGACUGAAUUCAUCACCAACUACUUGGAGAACAUCCGAGACAGACCAGUACUGCCUACGGUGACUCCGGGAUACAUAAAACCUCUGCUGCCGACAAGCGCGCCGCAGACUCCAGAUAAGUGGGAAGAAGUAAUGAACGAUAUUGAGAGAGUCAUAAUGCCUGGGGUAACUCAUUGGCAUAGCCCAAGGUUUCAUGCUUAUUUCCCAACAGCGCAAUCGUAUCCAUCUAUUGUUGCUGAUAUGUUAAGUGGUGCUAUUGCUUGCAUUGGUUUUUCUUGGAUCGCAAGUCCAGCGUGUACAGAAUUAGAAGUCGUGAUGUUAGAUUGGCUUGGAAAAAUGCUAGAGCUCCCUAAAGAAUUCUUAGCAUGCAGUGGCGGUAAAGGCGGGGGUGUAAUCCAAGGGACCGCAAGUGAAGCGACUCUCGUAGCUCUAUUAGGUGCGAAAGCUAAAAAAAUACGUCAAGUAAAACAAGAGCAUCCUGAAUGGACCGACAAUGAGAUUAUAGGCAAACUUGUCGCCUAUUGUUCACGCCAAGCUCACAGUUCAGUAGAACGCGCGGGAUUACUCGGUGGUGUGCAAUUUCAUCAACUUGACGUCGAUUCUAAAUCCAGAUUACGGGGAAAUACUCUCGCUGAGGCGAUUCUUCAAGAUCAAGAAAAAGGUCUCAUACCAUUUUACGUGGUGGCCACACUUGGAACAACUUGUUGCUGCGCAUUUGAUUGCUUAGAUGAACUUGGUAUCGUUUCUAAUCGUGAGCCGAUAUGGCUGCAUGUUGACGCUGCUUAUGCUGGCUCAGCGUUCAUUUGUCCCGAGUUCCGGUACCUGAUGAAAGGAAUCGAACGAGCGGAUUCUUUUAAUUUUAAUCCUCACAAAUGGAUGUUGGUUAAUUUCGAUUGUUCAGCCAUGUGGUUAAAAGACCCCACUAAUGUUAUCAAUGCAUUCAAUGUAGAUCCUUUGUAUUUGAAACAUGACAUGCAGGGAUCAGCUCCUGAUUACCGACAUUGGCAAAUACCAUUGGGCAGAAGAUUCCGUGCAUUGAAACUUUGGUUCGUGUUACGAUUAUACGGAGUAGAAAAUCUACAGAAAUUCAUUCGUAAGCACGUGGACCAAGCGCAUGAAUUUGAAUCCUACGUACUUUCAGACCCGCGAUUUGAAAUAAUUGGUGAAGUUAUUCUAGGAUUAGUUUGCUUCCGGCUCAAGGGUUCCAAUGAACUGAACGAGAGUUUCUUGAAAAGAAUAAACGGAGCUGGUAAUAUUCACUUGGUGCCGUCUAAAUGCUGUGACGUUUUCUUUUUGCGUUUAGCGGUUUGCUCCCGAUUCAGCGAAAGCAAAGACAUUGAGUUUUCAUGGCACGAAAUUAAACGGAUCGCAGAUCAACUUCUUGAAGAGCAAUCACUUACAAAGUGAUGGCGGGCCCAAUUUACACGAAGCUGUAAAUCAUUGGCUCCGGCAACUUGCAAUCAGUCAUAAAUACUCUUUUAAAUAAAUUAAAUAAAUAUUUAAAUUUCCCGCGCAGUUUAAAUUUAAAUAUUUAUAAUUUACCCGCUUAAAUAUAAUAUAUGCCAACGUUUACUGGACCAACGAUACAUAAUCAUUAAUAAUCACUAAUUGUAAGUGAUUUACUGAGAUAAUUAAAUAAUGUGUUUUAUGUAAAUAUGUGUGCAUGAAUCGUAGACGUUAAUUUAUUAUUGUUGAUAGUAAAUUAUUAUUCAUAUUUUUAUUUUAAAUAAUUAAUGUCAGUGUAGGACAAUCAAGUGGCAAAACAAUAUCUUGAUUGACUGUUACAUUUAAAUUUAAAUAUUGAUGUACAAGUUUUAAUUAAGUUUACUUGUACCCGGAGCACUUGUAAUUGCACAUUAUAGAGCUGCAUUUGUGACAAUAAUAGAGUUAUGGAAAAUUAUCGAAUAUUGUCCGGUAUAAAUUUAAUAUUUCAAGUUAAAAUAAUAUUUAAUAAAUAGUAUUCAAUAUAUAAUAUAGGACGUGUUCAGAAUACACUCUGGAGAUUGAUAAAUAUUUAACCAGGUGGUUAGUAAAUGGAAAGUCUCGUGGGUUAAUUAAAACUAGAGGAACGAAAGAAUACCAGAUACUGCAUUUACUUCUUCGAAGAAUUUAUGAGCGCAGUAUCGUAGUCCCAUUCGGCUGCUCAAUUUCAAAACGCAGUAACUGACAAAAACGAAAUUUUUGAAAUAUGUAUUGAAUCAUAUCCACUAGACUCCACUGGAACUAAAAAUACUAAAAAAUCGAUUUUGAAAACUUUGUCCCUUACUGUGUUUUGAAAUUGGGCAGCCAAAAUGUUCCUCUGGUUUAACCGAAUAAUAAGUGUUAGUAAGUGGGAAAUCAUGUGGUUUAAUUAAAACCAGAGGUAUAAAAAAUUACCUGAUACCACAUUUACCUUCGCAAAUAAAUAAAUUUACAGAAAGUCAAGACCAGGUACGAAAUCAGAACAUUAGCUUUGAUUUAGUUGUACGUUUCGUCCCUUUAUUGGGACUUCCUCAACAACUACAAAAUUUUAUGAACGCAUUAAAGUAAAAGACCCAGUAUCUGAUCAGGGAAUUAGCACCCGAUCGCUCAUGUAUUUGUAUAUUUAUAUUUACUAAAUAUAUGGAGUGAUCGGGUAUUAAUUCCCUGAUUGGGUAUUAGGUCCUUUAUUUUAUUCCUCUAGUUCAACCAGAUAAUAUUUGUGAACGCAGAAGUUGCAUCUUUCUCUUCCAGAGUGAAUUUCUGAACAUGCCCAUACUGUUUCGGUAGUUUAAAUAUUUAAAUGUUGUUCAAAUAAAUUCAAAUAUGUAUUGUGAAUGCGAGAACUCGCUGUAUGUAAUCAUGUAGCAUUAAUUUUAAAAAACUUUUUUUUCUUUUACUAUAAUUUAAAAAAAAAAUUUUUAUUUAAUAUUUAAUUACAUUAAUUUUUAAAAUUAAAAAAUUGUAACCUAUUUUAAUGGGACCAUUAAUAAAUGAGUUAAAAAUAUAUUUUUAGUUGGCUA